GGCCCGCAAAACAACAGAAAUUCGGAACCGUAUUCAGUAGUUCCAAUAUUCGCUAUUUUUUAAAACAAAAGCUGUCAGAAGGCGUCCGCAAAUUUGAAUAAAAAUGUGCGCUAGUGGCAGUCGGUAUUAUUCGUAGAGUUUCUGUACCCUGACGCCGCUGAUCCGCUCUGUUUGCGGGCUGGCCUGUUUUUGUUUGUCUAUAAGAAAAUCUGAAUCUGAGUCGUCCGUCGCGUCGAUAUCGAAACGCAAAACGAAAGAAAACGAAUUAGAAAUAGGCGAAAACAAGGCAAAGGAAUAACAGUUAAACACACACCUAACUGUUGUCUGGCCGACGAAAAAAAGGAGUGCGAAAAGUGCGCGAGAAAAAUCACCGAAAACCAAAGUGCAAGGAGAGGAGGAGGGAAAAGUGUACGGUUCCGAUUUGGAGCUGAAAAGCGAAUAAUUUUAUGCAAUUUUCAAAGGCAAACAGAAAUUAAGCGUCUGUCUGCCAUGCCAGUGUAUGUGUGUGUGCGUGUCCCAUGUCUGUGAGUGUAUAACAAAAGCAACAACAACUACGGGAGAGCCAAAGGAAAGGAUCAACGGUGCCGCGCCGCUCGGGGUAGUUUGUUUGAACAACACAGACCAUCCAACCAGGAGGCGGAAGGAGAGUGGGAGGAAAGCAGGAGCAGUAGCAGGAGUUGAGGGCUGGCUGGGAGAGCGCAGAGAACACACACACACACACGGGCACACACUCCUUUGUGCGCUUUUGCCGCCUGGAAUGCAAUGCUACAACAACAACCACAGGAUGGUCCGAAGGGGAGGAAACGCUUAAUUGUUUGCAGCAGCAGCAGCGGCAGCAUCCCGAAAUCGCAAACAAACGACUGCAUUUACGGCUCCGUGGGAUACUUUUUUGUGUGCUGAAAGCAGAUGCACGUCGACUGCUUGAAGAGUGCAUUAUCAACUUGGCUUUUCCAAUCAAAAUGAAACAAAAGUAAUCAAAUAACUAAUAUAUGUAGAAGGAAAAAAGUUAGUCCAAGCGAGCGAACGAAUAACGAAAUCCGAAAUUCGAUCGACAUACCAUAUACCGAGAACAAGAGUCAAAUACUACUAAGGAAAAAUGGAUCUAAGUCUGGAACGAGAUAGCUCUGCUCUGGGUAGUCUGUUCCAACAGAUUAUCAAUGACAUGAAGAAUACUUCUCCACUGUGGGAUGAUUUCGUGGCAAAGGCCAGCAAAUUACACACAUGCUUGAGGGCUGCCAUACAGGCAAUUGCCGCCUAUUUGGAUGCCUUCCAGAAAAUAGCCGAUGCGGCCACCAAUUCCAGAGGUGCCUCCAAGGAAAUUGGUACCGCCCUGACCCGCGUCUGUUUGCGUCACAAGGCGGUAGAGACCCGCCUGAAGACCUUCACCAGCGCCAUUAUGGACUGUCUGGUGCAGCCGCUGCAGGAUAAGAUCGAGGAUUGGAAACGAACCGUGGCCACCAUCGACAAGGAUCAUGCCAAAGAAUACAAGCGCUGCCGGAGCGAGCUGAAGAAGCGCUCCAGCGACACGCUGCGGCUCCAGAAGAAGGCCCGCAAGGGUCAGACCGACGGCCUUCAGUCGCUGAUGGACUCCCACAUGCAGGACGUGACCCUGCGCCGCGCCGAGCUGGAGGAGGUGGAGAAGCGAUCACUGCGGGCGGCCAUGGUGGAGGAGCGGCUGCGCUACUGCAGCUUCGUUCACAUGCUGCAGCCGGUGGUGCACGAGGAGUGCGAGGUGAUGUCCGAGCUAGGACAUCUGCAGGAGGCCAUGCAGUCCAUAGCUCUCGUCACCAAGGAGCCCAGUGUCCUGCCGCAGGCCUCCGAGGAGCUCAUCCACGAUGCCAAGGCCAGCAUCAAUCUGUAUCCGGAGUCACCGGGCGGUGGAUCCGGCUCUCAGGGCGGCGGCUGCACCAACUCUUUGGGAUCUAGGAAGAGCUCUGUGUGCUCCAUCAGCAGCAUGAACAGCAGCGGAUCGAGCAACUCUCCGGGUCAUCAUCACUAUCCGCGCUCACUGUCGCAGUUUGUAACGCCCGCAAUUCGCUUGAAACCUGGUGAAUCCAGUGAUAGUGGCUUUUGCUCAUCGCCAGCUCUAACAACACAGACAUCGAACGCGACGAAUCAGACGGCAAAUGUGUCGACAUGGCCGCCACAUUCCCAGGACGUGGUGGAUACACUACCACCCACGGCCGAUCGACCGCACACCAUUUCCACGGCAUACGAGAAGGGUCACCAGCGUCCGCCACUGACUGUUUACACGUUCCAGAACCCGGAGACCAUUCACGAGUCGGGGAGCGGCAGCAUCAACAACGGAUCUGUGGCAUCAUCCAACGGACAGCCAUCAUCGGGCCAAACCACACCGGCCACCCAGAAGUCACCGGCCGCAUCGCUUAGUCGUCCGCCUCUGCCAGUUAAGCCGGCCCAUGUGCGCUGCUCGUCGUUGGAGCGUCCGCUCUCGGCGCAGAGUAACCACCGUCAGGGCAGUGGAAGUGGUGGCCUGCUGCAGCGUCAGUGCCCCUCACCGAUACCAGCUCAUAUCACGAAAGAGCUGUCCGCAGCACAUCAUGCACAGCAGCAGCAGCAACAGCAGCUCCAACAGCAGCAGCAGAACCCGCCCACAUACGUUAACAUGUCCGAAUUGGCCAACAUGGCGGCCUUGAAGCUCACUAACCACCAACAGCAGCAGCAACAGCAGCCACAGCCACAGCAGCAGCAACAACAGAAGCCCACGCCACCGCCUCUGCAGCAGCAGAGUUCUUUUGAUUCGAUCUGCUCCCAGCAUUCCAACGACUCCUCGGGCUCCCAUCAGCUUUUCCAGCAGCAGCAGCAUUCACAUCAGCAGCAACAGCAACAAACGCCCCAUGUUGCCCAGCACAUUGCCACACGCUCCCAUUCCAUAUCCUCGACGGCCUCGUCGCUGCACUCGCAUCCAUCGAUCGACUCGACGGUCGCUUGCGGCUCCCUUGUGGGCCAGCACACACACAGCACCAGCACCAACACGAACACCACCUCGCCGUCCAGUGGCAGCUCCACGCCACAGAAUCAUUACUCGCCCCUGUUAACCAACUCACCCACGUCCACUGCCGCAGGUACGCCCAGUGGAAGCAGCAUCAGCACCGGACUGGGAUUCGUAUACCAGGUCAGCUCGCCCACGCCGCCGACAAGCGAGGUGCAGGUGCUAAAGAUCACCGAACAGGCGGGAUCUGUGCCGCCGGCCAGUGCCGAGGAGACGGACGAACGGUCGCGUGCCUCUGUGCUGCAGAAGGCCUCCAUGUUUGAGAAGCAGGCGGCAGCCGUGGCAGCAGCUGCCGGUAGUGUGUCGCCACCGGUUCCGGCCACGGGUCCAUCGAGUGCAGCGGCUGUCACAAAUGCCGGGGGACCGAAACGAUCCGAGGCCGAGCAACAGGAAAUGGACAAAUCUUUCGAAGACUCAAUCCAAGCAUUAAAUAAUUUAAUUGGCGAACUAGACUCGUUCCAACGUGAGAUCGAUGAGGGCAAGGGCAAGCAGAACAGCAACAGCAGCAGCAACAUUAGCAACAACAACCUGACGACGAGCAGCAGCAGCAGCGAGAACAACAAUAUGCUCCCCACCUGCAUCACCAGCAUCGCCAGCACCACCAACAUCGAACUGUGCGGCAUCAGCAACCAGACAAACUCCAGCGGCUGUGGCACGGACAUAUCGGACACCACCUCCGAGGAACUGGCCGGCGAGGAGGGUGGCCACCUGAUGGACCCCACGCUGGCGGAGGCCAGACGGCGAGAACGAGAACUGCUGGGCGCCAGCGAUUCGGAGCUGAGUCGCUGCUAUGUGAGCGAGACGAGUUCGCUGACCGGCGGCCUGACAGCGGGCGGCUACGAGAACCCCACGUUCGCCCACUUUGUGGCGAGUGCGAACCGCGAUGACCCCUACAACGGGGGGUCGGGCAGCGAGGGUCGAUCCCUAUAUGCGCCCGCCUCCGUGUCCGUGUCCGCGGACUGCAUCUCGCUGGCCGGCUCCGACAGCAUCUGCCUGUCGGGGCAGCCGCGGCACGCCUACGUGGACACCUGCAGCGAGAGCGGCAGUGCCGUCGUGGUGAUCUACGACCACCAGAUACCCAACACUCCGGACAUUGAGUUCGUCAAGCAGAACUCGGAGAUAGUCCUGCUGCGCACCAAGGACCCCCAGGUGCAGUCGCAGCUGCAGCUCCACGAGAUGCGCGAGCUGCAGCAGCUGCCCUCGAACCUGGCCGGAUCCCCGGACUCGCCGGAUUCGGGCAGUGGCAAGGCGCCCCCGCCGGCAACAGCAACUGUGGCGCCCGCCAAGCAGCGACUCUCCUCGUUUCGCGCCACCAGCGAGCAGCAGCUGCAGCUGCUCGGACGCGGCAGUCCCCAAAGAGGUAAAGCAAACCACGUCGAGCAGCCGUCCCAGCAGCAGCGACAGCAACACCCACAGCAGCCGGCACAGGGGACAGUCAGUGAUAGCGGUAGCCUCCCAGUAGAGCCUGCUGUGAUGCGGCGACAGCUGCCCCCAAAGCCCACCAGCCUCAGCCUGAGCCUUUUCAAUGGUGCUGGUACGGGUGUGGGUUUGGGUUCGGGUCCGGCUCAGCUCCAGCCUCCCAGUGUAGCCGACAAGCCAUUGAUACCCCGAAAGUCAGACUUUAAGGCCGACUUAGAUGCCAAAAUACGCAAGCAGAAGCAGAAGGUUCAACAGCAAUUACAGCAGCAGCAGCAGCAACAACAGCAGCAGCAGCAACAGCAACAAAUGCCACAGCAGCCACUGCAACAGCAACAACACUCACCACAGUCGCCCCAAACCAGUAACUGUAAUGUCACUAAUAGCCCAGCAGCAGUCGUUGUUAUUGCAUCCGCAUCAGAUCCAAACUCAAACUCGAACCCGCAUCCAUACCAAAACCACAACCAAAAUCAUAGAAUGCCAAGCCAAAAUCAAACAACAGCAACAUCCAAUCAUAUGCCAAACAAGACGCCCCAAACAGCAGCGACAACAACAUCAGCAUAUCCAUCUGCAACAACAGAAACCCCAACAUUAUCAUCAUUGUCACCUCGCGGCGGUCUGUCACAACCAUCAGCAUCGUCACCAUCAACAUCAUUACCAUCAUCAGCAUCUGCAUUUACAUCGAUAUCGACAACAUCAAAUGCAAACGCUCUUGCUACGCUGCCCGUUGCCACUGCCCCCUGCAGAUCACCAGCAUCAGCGCCACCACCACCCGCCCAUCCAUAUGUGUGCUCCUCGAAUGCCGCCAACCCCCAAGCCAACCAUCAAGCCAAUACGAAUUCCAAUGCCAAUGCCAGUCUAAAGCCGUGCAUUACGCCCCGGCCGGCCUCGUUGUCGGGAGGAGGAGGAGCAGGAGGUGGAUUAGGAGGAGGUGGCUCAACGCGCAUCGCACGUCGUUCGUCCAUCAAUCAGGCGAAGCCACCGCCGCCAGUGCGACGCAGCUCCUCGGUGACACCCAGUCCCAAUGCCUCGGUGGGGCACGCGACGCAUCUGCAACUGCAGCAUAACCCGCCGCUAAGCAGCUCCAGCGAGCAUCUACCACCACCGCCUGCCUUUAUGCUGGAGUCCAUGUCCAGCUCACCACCAGCGGCCAUGCCGAGCUCCGCUCUGAAGGUGUCGGAGACGGUGCGGGCCCUGGCAGCCAUGCGGCAUCAGCCUGCCUCGCCUGGUACGCUUAGACGCAUACAGCAACAGCAGCAACAACAGCAGCAGCAGCAACACCAGCAGCAGCAGCAACAGCAGCAGCAACAACAACAGUUGCAACAGCAACAUCAACCCUUACUGCAGUCCGUGCACAACUCCCCCAUGAACGAAGACCUGAGUUAUGAGACCUACUAUGACUCCUAUAUGGAUCUGCAGGCCUAUGCUCAUGCCUUGGCCAAUGGCCAACAGCAACAGCCGGGCCAGCAGAUGCCGCCACCCCUGCCACCACCCAACCAGCAACGCUUUAACCAUCAACAGCAAAAUCAUCAGCAGCAGCAGCAAUAUCACUAUCCACAGCAGCAGCAGCAACAUGUGCCACAGAAGCCGCCAACGCCCCCUGUCUACCAUGCCCCACCAGCACCACCGUCAAAAGCGGAUGCCACGUUCCGCACCUCGUCACCAGCCGCAGGCGGAGGAGGCGGUGGCAUCUAUGCCCAGCCCAAGUUGGUCAACAACAUGUCCAGCUUCCGCACCAGCAGCCCCAGCCCAAAUGGGCAUGCUCACCCACUGCCACCGACACAGCCCAAGGCGAAUCCGAAUCUAAUUGCACAGCUCAAUGCACGACUCAACAGCAAGCAGCAGCAUCAGCAACAACAUCAUCCUGCCGAGGGGAUAUACGGCAACCAGCAGCAACCUGGAGGCGAGUCGAUUUACACACGGAGCGGCCUGUCCAUGUCCCAGCCGCAACAGCAGCAACACUAUGACGCAGCUGCCCAAAUUCCAAACAUGCGACAGGCUCAGCAGCAGCUACAGCAGCAGCAGUACCAACAUCUGCAGCAGCAACAGCAGCAGCAUUAUACGUGCCCGCCUCCACUGGAGGAUCCGCCACCACCGCCCAUUUACAGUGCCGGAGCAUCGGCCACGAUGCCAAAGAAGAUGGCACGCCCCCAUGCUGGACAGAGUGCGGCCUCCCAGUUGAGCGCCUAUGCAGCAGGCUCGGCGACAGCUACGCUACCCAAGAACAUGAUGCAGCAGCAGCAACGUUUACAGCAGCAGCUACAACAACAGCAGCAGCAACAGCAUCAACAUCAACAUCAACAAUACCAACAGCCAGCAGGCAUGGGCAAUGGCAAUGGUCAUGUAAAUCAGCGUCCGCAGUUGCCACUUCCCCAGCAGCAGAUGCAGCAGCAACAGCAAAAAUUGCGAGCUGCACAACAGCAACAUUUGGCGGAACAACAACAACAACAGCAACAUCAGCGCCAGCCACCCAUACCGUCGCGCCACUCGAGUGUGCAGCAAAAGAUAUUCGUGUCAACGAAUCCAUUCAUACAAACGACGGCCGUCAAGUUCCAUUCGCCCUCAGCCUCGCCCACUUGCGGCUCGCCUGUAACUGGAUCUGGGUCUGGAUCCUCGGGUAGUAUUUAUGCCACAACGGCGCGUGGCAGCCACCACCAUCAUCAGCAGCAGCACCAGCAGCAACAGCAAAUACAUCAUUCACAGCAGCAGCAACAGCAUUAUUAUCGCGAUGCUGCAGGGGGCAACAGCAAUGGCGGCGCUGCUUACUACAACCACAAUAAUGCCCAUGGCCAUGGCCAUGCGAACGUCCACGCCAAUGCCCAAGCCCAGGGCCACGGCCACGCCCACAUGACCCAUGCCCAGCCACAUCAUCCAAACUAUGCCACAAGCACAAAUAUCGAAAAGACUGGCAGCAUACGGGCCAAGAACAAGGCCGAGUUCCUCGAGAAUCUUAAUGCGAAACUGGCCAAGCAGGGCAUGUCCGGCCGAGCAUUCGCCGUGCGAAAUCUCAUCAAUAGCAAGGCCCUGCCGGAUCCUCGCAUUUGUCACGAGUCGCUGAUGGAUCAGAUAAAACGCGGAGCCCCUUUGAAACGUAACCAGAAGAUUAACGAUCGCAGCGCUCCUAAAAUACAUUAAAUUAGCCCUUAGACUUACGCAAAUUAAUAUUAUUUAUUACUAUUAUUAACAUAUAUGAAAUAAUCAAGAGGCCCCGGGGCCUGCUCGAUUGCAGGCUACUGCAGAGUUUGGUUUGAAACUGAAAACUCGUAUAUACAACAUACAACCUAAACACAUAUGAUUACGGUACACAAUAUACAAUAUAUUGAUGAUAUUUAGCGAGCGUGUUAAGCCACACUUUAAUUAAUCAACAGUUCUCCUGAUUUUCCAUCUCCCAAAAAUAUCCGAAAAGGAUUUAUUCAUUCGAUAAGUGAAAACGACAACACAAUGGAAGACAAUUGGUUAGUCCCUUUUCGUGUUUAUUUAUAAUUCAAUUCUCGAAUUUACCUUUAAAGAAAAUAUUAUGUUUAUGUAUGUAUUUAUCAUAAUUUCCUUUGUUUAUGUACAUACACAUAUAUCUGAAUAUGAUUUGAAAAACCAAUUGAAACUAAUCUGACGCCUAAUAAAUGGAAUAUAUCUUAUAUAUGUAUAUUUUGAGUUUUCCUUUAACCAUUUUUAUUUGCAACUGCAAUUGCAACUGCUUGUCAAUUGGGAUAGGUCUGAGCAUAUUUAACAAAAGUUUAUACAAACAUAUACAAUACCAAAUAGUUCUAGAUGUUAAACAAAAUACAAUAUUGAAAUCCCACUGCAACUGUACUGCAUUUCUGCAAGGAAUAUACUCGUAAGAAAUUGGAUUUGCUUUUCACAUAUAUAAAAAAAGCCAAUUACUGCCAAGCGGAGAGGGGAAUUUCAGAGACCAACCGUCCCCAGUCUUUCGCACUAGCGUAGCCGCCAUAUGAACAUGUUCAUAUCAAAGAUAGCAAAUACGCUACAUAACAUUUCCAUUGGACUGAAUCUUUUACUGUCAUUUUAAAUGCAUAGCCGCCGCGUAGACAUAUAUCAUUUCCGUUCAUAUCAGUUCAACAAACAGAACAAAAUCGGCAGUUUUAAACCCAAUUUAUAUAUAUUUCGGUUUUAAUGAACAGGUACUUAGCCCCAAGACACACUCGUAACUAAACACAUUUACUACCCUUAAACUACAACAACUUUUUAAUACCCAAACUCGUUCUACUUAUGUACUAUGUAUGCUAGUUAAUAGACUUUUUAAAUAUUUACAAAAUAUUUUGUAUAUACGCUUUUUAAGGCUUCACCAAUGAUCAAUGAUCAGACUAUUGGCAAACUUGGUAACAAAAAUUGUGGCAAUAACUAAGCUAUAAAACUCCAUUAGUCUAGACUCUAGAGAGCAUAUACAAAUUUGUGGCAUCCGAAUACAUACGAGUACGGGCAUACAUAUAUAUAUUUUUUGGCGAUCGAUUCUACAUACAUACACAUAUAAAUGCAUAAUCACCACAGUUAAUUAACAUAGUAACGUGCAACAAUUAUUUACAAAUCUAAAUGUGAAUCUUAAAAGUAACGUGUUUUCCCUGUAUCAACUGAAAAUUAACGAACGUAUUAAGAGUAUCAAGCAAAUCCAAAUUGUAAAGCGUAUUUUUCAAUUCAUUUGCAUUUAGACAUGAGAAACAAUAAUAAAAUAUAUGUAAACGCAUU